AUGUCCUCGCCUUUGUCGCCGCUCAGCCCACGGUCGCUGCCCAGCACGCCUGGCCUCGCCAAGUUCAGGAAUCGCGUGCCCACCCAGGUCCGGAGAGGUGUUCCACUAUAUUUGGGCUUCAUCUGUGUCCUCUUCAUCAUCCUCAAUGCAGACCUCUUCAGCGCCAUCUCAAUUCCCAAGCACAGAGUAUUCAGCAAGAGGCACGUGCAGCAGAGGCCGUUGACGGCCCGCCCCGGUGGCUUUCCUAAGAAGAUAUGGCAGACCUGGAAGAUCGAUCCGCUGCAGUUCGAUGAGCGAGAUUCCACUACGGCCAAGACGUGGACGCAAAAGAACCCGGACUUCCGCUAUGAGGUCCUGACUGAUUCCAAUGACCUCAACUACGUCGAGGAGCACUUCGGACCCAGCGGCUUCAACAGAAUGGACAUUGUUGACAUGUAUCGCACCAUCAAUGCCACCAUUAUCAAGGCUGAUCUCCUUCGUUACAUGAUCAUGUAUGCUGAAGGCGGCGUCUACGCCGACAUCGACGUAGAGGCGCUGAAGCCAGUCGGCAGAUUCAUUCCGGAUCACCGGUAUGCUGAGGAGGACGUCGACAUGGUCAUCGGCGUGGAAAUCGACCAACCGGAAUUCAAGGAUCAUCCCAUUCUAGGCAAAAAGUCUCAAUCAUUCUGCCAAUGGACUUUCAUGUGCCGACCUAAGCUGCCCGUGAUGAUGCGUCUGAUUGAGAACAUCAUGUCGUGGCUAGAGGGCAUGGCCCGCGAGCAAAAUGUCCCCAUCUCUGAGGUUGUCUUGGACUUUGACGCCGUCAUCUCAGGUACUGGACCAUCAGCCUUCACUGGUGCGGUGCUCGAGGAGAUGAAUGAGAACCGCCCUCGAGGUACACCCCAGAUUACAUGGGACAACUUCCACGAGCUUGAUGAGUCCAAGGUCAUCAGUCGCAUCUUAGUCCUCGACGUCGAGGCCUUCGCAGCGGGCCAGGGUCACUCUGACUCGGGCAACCAUAACGCCCGUGGCGCCCUGGUUAAGCACCACUACCACGCGUCAAAUUGGCCCAGCCGACAUCCUAGGUUUAACCAUCCUGUAUACGGCCCUGUCGAGCACUGCAAUUGGAACUUUGACUGCGUCAGGAAAUGGGACGAGGAUACCGCUGCCUUCGAACUGCUCAACGAUGAUGAGAAGCAGCAGAAAAUUGCGGAGAGGCAAGCCCAGAUGCAGCUGAUGCACUAA